GUCCUCGUUCUCGUCUCAGAGAGAUAGAAGACCUUGUGACGUGUGCCAGACGAGUGAAGAUGAAGAACAUGGUAGGGCUCGUAACUGUUUUGCGAAUCCACCUCAGCACGCUACUUUUUCGCCGCUCCACCUUGUCGUCUCUUCCUGCAGUGCUCGUUGCAGGCGCUGGUGAAGUGGUUUCGCCCCCCUCGUCUGGUGCAGACAGUAACGCUGAUGCCCUUGCUGCUGCAGAUGGAGUAGACAACGCUCACGAUCAUGCAGCUGCCUUAAUAUUUGAAGAUACUGCGUCUUCUGUGUUGAAGCACGCACAUGAUGUACAUGAUGACGACGAUUUAGUAGUUGGUGUCCCCCGAAGUCAAAUGUUACAUUCGUGUUCCUGUAGUUCGUCAGAGGACGACUGCAUAUGUGCAAUCUGCUUGGACCGCAUAGAACCUCAAGCUACAGUUGUAGGCGUCGGAGAAGGUGAAUCGACUCUGCCACCUGGGACAUUGACAGGCAGCAUCGCUUCGGACCUGAACUACUCAAAUAUAGCAGAAGAUGCAGGUGCCGCAGUAAACAACAGUGGAGGUCGUGGACGUUCUGGACUGUCAACUCCAGCGUCUGAUUAUAGCGCGUCGCAUGAAGACAGGGUUAAUUUUUACGGAUAACGCCAAUUCAUCUUCAGCAACAUCUUCCGGCCGUUUUCCACUUGUGAAAACCUCUGAGAGAUGUUUCAAAAGUGAUGGAUUGAUGUCCUCGGUGUCGCUAAGUUUUCAGUGGUGCAUUGUAUACGGAGCGACGCAGAAAGGGCGCUAAGCGGCAACCAAAUCCACCUCCUGUUUAUCUUAUGCCAAUACCAUCUCCUUCAUCCUGGAACGGAGAAUCAACUACAGCAACUACAGCUAAGCCAUGGAUCCUACUGGCUAGCGAUGAAGGACACGACUGUGAGGAAGCAGAUAUGUUUUCGGCUGCUGAUAGCAGAGCUACAACACGCUUAGGUGGUUACUCUUCUUUAAGGGUUGCCGUAAAGUGCAUGCUUCACUAUUAAUAUUCUUGACUUGAUAGUUGAUGUUUCUCAGUGCUGGGAAAGGAGUCAAGAACGAUCUGAAAAAUGCACUGUCGCAGCCUCCAACUCCCGAAAGGUCGGGCACAGCAAUUAGUCGUGCUAGUGCAGGCUUAACUUUGACGUCAGGAGAUGGUGGAAAUCAACAUGAGACUGAAACAAGACGGACGACGACGACCAGUUCAGUUGUGGGAAAACAAGGAGGAGACCGCGCAGCUGCUCCUCAAGGGGGCCGUGCCACGACGUUUCCAUGUGGUCACCAAUUUCACACGGCGUGCAUUCGUUCUCAUGCCUUGACACAGGUCGUGGCGCGAAAAGGCAUGCCUGCUGUCUACAAGUGUGCUUUGUGUCGGCAGCCCGCGGGUGUGGUCUUCGCGCCGCGUUACUUCACGCGACUCUUGGAGUCUCUAGGCUUCGAAGGAUUUACCUUUCCCUCGCAAAACGGCCUACGGGCUACUGAAAGAACAACUGUCGCAACAAGAACAAGGCAGCCAGAUCUACCAGCGCAUCGACGAAACGCAGCAAUAGAUGAACACAGAAGAACAAGUGAUAGUGAAGCCACUACAACUUUUGACUCAGAAAGUAGUAGUACUAUGGCUCCAAGAAGAGGCACUCGAACUCGUCUAGGCGAGGAAGUUGGGGAUCAUAAUCUUCAGGAAACAUCAAAUGAGGAACUCCAUGACCUAGCGAAUCCACAACGGUCAGGAGAAGCGGAUGAGGAGGAGCGGAAUGUUGUAGAUGAGGUCCUUGCUGGUCGUCCACCAUC